UCGAGACCUGCGUCUGUCCAGACCUUUGACUCAUAGGUGAAAACAAACAAAUAAUCUAAUUUAAUAAAUAUAAUAAAAUAAAACAAAAUAACAAGGGGUUCUAUUAAUUGAACAAUCUCUUCUCAUUCAUUCACAUCUUUCUUAUUACUCCAUUAACACCCCCCCUUCCCUUUCUUUCUUCACCCAAAAUUUCUCUCUUUUCCCACAUAACUCAUCAACAAAAAUUCACAAAAAAAUUAUACAAAUCAAGAAUAUGGGAAAUGGUUAUAACCAACAUCAUCAACAACAACUUUAUCACCAUAUUCGUAAUGGAAACCACAGUUUUUUCUUACCAAUGCUUUGUAAACUUUCCAUCAAAGAUGUAAAAUUACAAAACACCAAAAACCCUUCAUCUUCAAAUAAUAUCUCUAGUGAUAAUAAUGAACCUUGUUCACCAAAAGUAAGUUGUAUGGGUCAAGUUAAAAGAAACAAUAGAGUUAUUGGUUUUCCAACACCCAUAACUGGUCCAGUAAAUCCAAAAGUGAAAUACCCAAAGAUCAAGAAAUUGUUUUCUGGUAAGAAUAGAAGUAGUGUUACUGUGGUUAAAGAGAGCAGUAAAAUUAAUAUUAGUGAAUUGGAUCCACCGUUACCAGUGGUGAAAAAGGUAAAAACAGUGAGUGAAGAUGGUGGAUUAUGGAAGAGGAGAUCUGGUGGGGCCACAUUGAAAAGUUUGCAGAUCCAACAAGUUCAUUUAUCUACUGAUAAAAAUUUACUGCAACCAACUACUGUCUAGUGAGUUUUUUUUUUUUUUACUGUUUACAAAAUUUAGGAUUUUUUUGUAAAUGAUUUUUUUUUUCUUUUUCACUUUAUUUAGUGUAAUGAAUAAAAGAAUUAGAUCUCA